CUGAUUCAAGUAGGCCUAUUGCCUAGGCGACUAUGUCCUCUUUAAAGCUAUUUGUCGAUUUACGCCACAGAAAAAACAUCUUUAAGAAAUUAAAUUCAAGAUAUCUCCCUGGCAUAUGUUUAGGGCCAGAGUUAUUUGAAUCACCACAGACAUACAUACAGGCAUUACAAAGGACUGAAGCAACAGCGAAGCAACAGCGAAGGGAUCUAAAGAACGGAAUGCAAUCUCAGUAACAAAAAGUCGUAGGGAUCAGAUCUAAUUCAUACUAUGACGAUAUUUAUUAGCCAGCCAGUAGUUUAACUGCUGAGAUUUUUUCUGCGUUUUUCUGGUACCUCUUGUGUACUGCAACAUACACAGACUGGAUUAACAAAUUACCUUGUGCUGCAUCCAUAAACCUCGGGGGAAAAGUGGGAAAAGGGUAAUGGACCAGCUUUUUUCUGUACAUGCAGUAGUGAUAUAUUUUACAUUUAACAACAUCAAGACUUGGGGUAUAGAAAUAAGGUGAAAUCUGACAACGCCGUCAAAGUGUAAGGGAUGGAGGAGAAGCUGCAGAUGCUGGGUAUGAGGUGCAGGCUGGCCUCAGAGGGUGUGUGUAAGGGCACAGGACAGCAGAGAGUGCGUGAGGGUGUGUGUAAGGGGACAGGACAGAGUGUGGGUGCUCUGCCGUUCCGCUGUCCUCGCUGUGGGGAGAGCACUCGCUUCCGCAGCCUAGCUUCUCUCAGGGCUCACCUGCAGGUCAGCCACACCUUUCCCACCCCACCUGCCUACAGAGCCCCGCCCCUCACCACACACCCCAGCCUGCGGGACAGUAACCCCACCCCCUCAGAGUUAAGCCCAGCCCCCUCAUCCUCCGAGGCCCCUCCCCUGCCGCCGGCUGACACACAUGGAGGCGUGUCUGUGGAGGCGGAGCUGCAAGUGCGCCUGUGGGUGGCGCUGAUGAGGGCAGAGCACGGAGUGCAGCUGCAGUCUGCGCAUACUCAGUGGCGCCUCCUGGUGGACGAGCAACAAAGCCUCAGCAGACAAGUUCACACCGCUGCCGGUGUGAUCGCAUCGCUACGACAACAGCUGAGCACCUCACAGCACCAGCUGGAACAGCGAGAGAGGUGACCCCCCUACACACACACAC